UCUUCAUCUUCAGUCCAGUCCACUUCUCUCGCUCGCUGCCCGCCGCCCGCCGCCCGCCGCCCGCCAAACCAAUCCCCCUCGCGCCGGCCGCAAUCCAGGCAUGCCGCCGCCGCCGCCGGUCCUGGUGGAGGAGCACGUCGAGGAGAUCCUCCUCCGCUUCUCGCCACAACAUCCCGCGUUCCUAUUCCGCGCCGCGCUCGUCUGCAAGCGCUGGUGCCGCCUCAUCUCCAGCCCCGGCUUCCGACGCAGGUACCGCGAGUUCCACCGCACGCCCCCGAUGCUGGCGAUCCUCGUCAACGCCGAGGUCGAUUCCGACGGCUCCAGCGUGUCCCGCUUCGUGCCCGGAAGACCCGCCUUCUGCCUGCCGCUCCUCGAGUCCCGCAGAUGGCGCGUGCUCGACGCACGCCACGGCCGCGUCCUCACCCGCCGCGUCGGCCGGGAGCCAGCAGCGGAGGCUGCCGGCGUCGAACUCCAAGUCUGUGAUCCCAUCACCAUGGAGCGGCGGAUGGUGCCCAUCCCGUCGCCGCGGGUGCUCUGUUUGGCUGCGGCGGUUCUCUGCUCUUCCACCCCCGAUGCGGGCGCCUGCGAUCACCUUGAUUGCCAUCGUGGACCCUUCCUCGUGGUUUUCGUGGGCUGCCUUCAUCUCGAUAGGAGGACCUUCAUCUACACCUUCUCAUCUGAAACUGCUGCAUGGAACGGCCCAAUCUUCACUCAGCUCUCAAUCAGCGCCACUCCUCCACGGAUGACCAGCAAGUGUGUGGGGAAUGCGCUCUACUUUGGGUUUCCAAUGUCAGACACAAUCCUCAAGUACGACCUUCAAUCGGGACACAUCUCUGGGAUUGAAUUCCCAACUGAAUGUUCCUUCAAUCAGUCAAAUGUGUUCAUAACCACGGAGGGUGGUGGACUGGGGAUUGCCAGCGUACAUCACUACGCGCUCCACACAUGGUCCAGGGACGAUGCUGUUGGGUGGAUGCAAACCAGAGCCAUUGAGAUCCAGAGCCUGCUCCCUGUCGACACGCUCUUGGGGUCAGCUGAACCUCGUGUGGCUGGCUUUGCAGAUCGCUUUGGUAUGGUUUUCUUGUUGGUGAACAAUGUGCUCUACUUAGUUCAUCUCUCGACCUAUAAGGCGACGAAGAUUUUCAGGGGCAUUGGCAUAAGUAUCAACAGUGUUGUCCCUUACAUGAACUUUUACACUCCAGCUUUGGGAGCAUCCUGUACAAAUGAGGGGCCAAGUGCUGGUGGCUCAAGUGCAUGAAAGACUUGAGGUGCUCAUGUGAGAGCUCGCGCAAGGGAAAACUGGGUAGCAGUAAUGGUAACUAGCAUGAGAUUUUUGGUCGGACACACAAUUUGGAUCCAUGAGAUCGUUAUUGGCCUUAACCUGUUAGCCUUUAUGGUUUAUGUUUCUCUUCAACUUUUUAGCUAUGAAAGCCCAAAGUCAUAUCGGGUUGUUUACCCCUGAAUUGUCCUACUUGGACUGUGACUAUAUGUGGUUCAGGAUUCUUGCUUGUGAUGAAAACCUGAAAUCUGCAUAUUGUUCAUUCCUCUUCUAAAAAAGUUUAGGCCCUAGAAUUGAGCAUUGUGAAACCAAAACACUGCAAUUUCAUAUGGUCUAUGCUGUUCCUACAUAAUUUUGGUGUGUUUCAACA